AUGCCUGCUUCACACCGUCGUGGUCCUUGGGUCCCAGAGGAAGACCAACUCCUCACCCAACUAGUCCGCGAACAAGGUCCAAACAACUGGGUCCGCAUCUCCCAACACAUGCACUACCGCUCCCCAAAGCAAUGUCGCGAGCGCUUCCACCAAAAUCUCAAGCCCUCACUAAACAGAGAACCCAUCUCCGCCGACGAGGGCCUGAUGAUCGAGCGCAUGGUCAGCGAAAUGGGAAAGCGCUGGGCAGAGAUCGCCCGCCGUCUCGGUAACCGCAGCGACAACGCAGUCAAGAACUGGUGGAACGGAAGCAUGAACCGGAAGAAGCGCGGCCUGUCAACCCCCACCACUUCCCGCACUUAUACAGGCCGCAUCGAGCCUCCCUACGCCCGCGCCUCAGCAAUGAGUCCAUCCCGCUCCCGCUUCUCCAGUUCUUCUUCUUCCUCGCGGCCUUCCUGGACGGAGUCUAUCGAGUCCGCUCUCUCUGAACAAUACUCACACUCUCGGAGACCGUCUAUGGCUUCCGCCCGUCAACUCUCACCAAUCUACACUCUCCCCUCUAUCAACCGACCGAUCGAAACACCCCUCACCUCGCCGGCUUUCUCAGAGGCCUCACAUGGUACCUCGUGCGAGCCGCCUUCUAUGGUCUCGGAUCAUAACUCCGUCUGCUCUUCUUCACCCCGCACUUUCCCCUCUCCACAGCUCUUGCCUUUGCCUGUGGAUUUGCGUUCGCAGUAUGAGAUCAGGAGGCCCAGUGUGCAUGUGCUAGAGGACUCGCCUAGCUAUCCACCUCGGUCUUUGGAGUCCUUGUCAGAGAUUGCCUCUGCGCAACGCUGGAUGGGUCAUCAGCCUACUUUGGCCUCAUGGCAUCAGCCUACGGACUUGCCGAAGUCUUGGAUUUCCAGACCUGAGCCUGCUCGUGACACUCGUAUGGGAGUGAACAACUUGCUCAACUGA